CUUCUAUCAGAAGUAUGUGCAAAUAAGAUCGAGAUUAAAGAACGAUUGGACGUUUAAAGGACAUCCUGGGCACCUUGACGCUAAACACUCGGCACUAUACAGUUAGAAGGCAAACACAUAUGGAGGAAUACUGUAGACGCUCGCAGUAGGUGCGGGUAGAGCGUACAACAAGCGUAGGGACACAGACGUGUGAAGCCGGUGUCAUGAACGUCCUAAAGGAAAAGUUCGAGGCGUACCGCGACGAGGUCGUCGCGGACCUUGACGUCAACCCGACGCUACUGAAGUGCAUGCUGGAAGCCGGCCUGAUUGACGCUGCUGACAGUGCCAAGUAUAAGGCGAUACCAGACCCCAUGGAGCGCAGCCAGGACCUGAUGACUGCCAUGAUCGAGAGGCGGACUGACCGCGCAUACCCACUAUUGUUGUCCUGUCUGAGGAAGAGUGAUCAGGGUCGUAUAGCUGACCUUCUUACUGAUGUCACUCAAACCGAGGCUCCCCUGGAGAGUGAUGACGUCACGCACGUGAGUCACGAAGACAACCUGGACCCACUGGAGAAAGAAGUCACAGAUGCGGGUCAGGAACCCCACGGAGUUUCCCCCGCCGUUCAAGCCACACCCGAGCACGAAGGGUCAGCGUUACCGGAACGUGGAUACCUCGAUCUUGAGGCUUUGCGGACAUCCCAUGCUGAGCUGGAUGGAGUGUUGAAGAACCUCACUGUGUUCCUUAACAAGGAGGAGCGGAGACUUGGUUUAGAGAUACAGAAUAUCAAACCUAUGCACAAUCAUGACAGACAACCUGAACGACAUGUGUACGUGACGGAGGGCGAGACCCACAAGGAAGAUAGUCAGCUUCUCCUGAACGUCACUACCACAAUGACAGAGGUGAUAAUGGAGAUCCGCCGCUGCCAGGCUGUGAUCCACAAGCUCCACCAGGACUGCCAAGCUGUCGCUGACGUCAACAGUGACAUGAUGACUCAGACCAAGGAGUGUGACGCAUGGGUGAGAGACAUACUCAGGUCUCACCGACUCCCGGUCUCCCACGUCGCCGUGCCCCACCGUGCGGCUGAUCUGUUCCAGGUGUUGAUGGAAGACAUCCACAGCUUGUCUCAAGGCCGGAACAGGAUGAUGACGAGGGAGAAGGAGACUAGGACGCACUCUAUGCGUUUGCUCCGGAUCUGUCGCGACUGGCUGAGUGACCGGUGUCACGUGCUUGACCAGCUCUACUCCUCCGCUAGCUCCAUGGCAACCUCGAGGUACCUCCCCACAUCUACUAGACUCAGCGUCAACAGCAGUGUUGCAUCAACACCUUUGGUGACCACGCCCUCCAUCAGCAGACAAGGGGAUCGACCUGUUGUUGUGGAAUCCUAUCCCAUCACGUCAGUUAUGGAAGGGAUCAAUCUUCUAGAGCAUCAAAUCAAAGAGUAUGUCCACCUUGAAACUCUCCUGACAGACAAGUUACGGUCAGAGCUUAGAAUCAAACAAUUACAGAAGAAAGCUCAGGGAUAUACAUCUAAGGGCUUCUUCACAGUUAAACAGCAUAUAGAUGAUAUAGAAAAGGGUGUGGAUGUUGAUGACAAUGUAAGCAGUCUUAAGGGGGUGUUGGUAAAACUCUCAGAGGAAUACGACCAGUGUGUUAAUUACAUGAAGAGGGUGACAUCAAAUAUGCCCAGGAGCACUGCAUCUGAUACCGUCAUGGCUAAUAACCGCAACACCGACUCAAAUGCAUCCUCUAAGAAGUCGGGCAUGAUCAGGAAAAGACCAAAAGAACCUGCAAAAGUGCCAGCCCUCCAUUUACCAAAACUGGUUCCAGAAAACACCUUCUCCAAUCUGGAUUCAGAGCAGGAACCUGCAAGAGGGAAGCCCCUCCUGAACAGGCUGAAGGUGCUGGUGGCGAACUACGAAGCGACAAAACACAACGAGAGGACCAUGGCACAACGGUUUCAGCAGGGCUGGGAGAAGAGGAAGUGGGAUCUCACCGAGAAGAUUCGCAAGAAGGAUGAAGACUUGCUGAACAUCCAGUUCCGGUUGAAGGAGAUGACGGCGGACAGGGACAAGUUCAGGAAGUUGUACGACCAGGCGAAGCUGAGCCAUGGCAGGAAGGGUUAAGGUUUGCCGUCGUACUAUAGCUCUGUCAUUUUCUGGAACAGUUGAACGAUGACAGAAAGGGACACCAGUGUAUCAUAGUGAACUAAUGUGAUAGACAAACUGACUAUUCCAGGAAGAGAUCACGUUUAAUCAUUUACAAUAAUAUCGUCGUGUUCUGGAAGUACAUGGUCAAAAUGGCGACACACGAUUACAAUAUACUGUAUGGCAAAAUUAUAACUGACGUUAAUUGUUCCAUUUUGAUAAAAACAAAUGCCAUGUUUCUCUCACGUGUUGAGUCUUUCAAACAUUAAGAAAAAUAUCUCGUUUAUCUCGUAGCCUUCAGCUAUACACCAAGCACCGUUACACCGUGACGAGACGCAGCAGCAGCAUCACCAUUACACCGUGACGGAAGCAGCAUCAGCAGCAUCACCGUUAUACCGUGACGGAAGCAGCAGCAUCACCGUUACACCGUGACAGAAGCAGCAGCAUCAGCGUUACACCGUGACAGAAGCAGCAGCAGCAUCAGCGUUACACCGUGACAGAAGCAGCAGCAUCAGCGUUACACCGUGACAGAAGCAGCAGCAUCAGCGUUACACCGUGACAGAAGCAGCAGCAGCAUCAGCGUUACACCGUGACAGAAGCAGCAGCAUCAGCGUUACACCGUGACAGAAGCAGCAGCAGCAUCAGCGUUACACCGUGACAGAAGCAGCAGCAUCAGCGUUACACCGUGACAGAAGCAGCAGCAGCAUCAGCGUUACACCGUGACAGAAGCAGCAGCAGCAUCAGCGUUACACCGUGACAGAAGCAGCAGCAUCAGCGUUACACCGUGACAGAAGCAGCAGCAUCACCGUUACACCGUGACAGAAGCAGCAGCAUCAGCGUUACACCGUGACAGAAGCAGCAGCAGCAUCAGCGUUACACCGUGACAGAAGCAGCAGCAUCAGCGUUACACCGUGACAGAAGCAGCAGCAUCAGCGUUAUACCGUGACGGAAGAAGCAGCAGCAUCAGCGUUAUACCGUGACGGAAGAAGCAGCAGCAGCAGCGUUAUACCGUGACGGAAGAAGCAGUAGCAGCA